AUGUCAAAUCUAGGUCCUCAUAGGGAAGGAUUUCGUGGAUUACCAAAUGCAGAUAAUGUGUAUGCAUAUACAACAACAGGCGAUCAAAGCAAACUUUUCGAACCAUCUGUAAUUUCAUUUAAUAAAGUUUCUGGCAAUAAUCCAACAGUUGUCAUCAAUCCUGAUUCAAAGUUCCAAACGAUCGAUGGAUUUGGAGCUGCUAUUACAGGUUCCACAGCAUAUAACUUAAAACAAAUGACUCAAGAAGCAAGAGACAAGUUCCUUAAAGAUACAUUCGAUCCAGACACAGGUAUGGGCUAUUCUUUCAUUCGUAUUUCUAUCGGUUGCUCAGACUUUUCUCUCAAAGAUUUCACAGAAUGUGAUAAAGAAGGAAUUGACAAUUUCGCUCUUGAUUCCGAAGAUACAGACAUUAUCAUCCCAAUUAUACAGCAAAUUCUCAAGAUUAACCCUUCUGUUAAAAUUAUUGCAACUCCUUGGACUCCUCCUAUUUGGAUGAAGGUUUCAGACCUGUCCACCCUUAGAAGACAUAAUUCCUUCAUUUCUGGUUACCUUGAUCCAAGACUUUACCAAGAAUAUGCUACUUAUUUUGUCAAAUACGUCCAAGCAAUGGCCAAAUACAAUUUUCACAUCUACGCCAUCACAUUACAAAAUGAGCCACUUAAUAAAGGCAACUCCGCUU